GCAUUAAAUCCUCCAAACAAAGAUUUACCUGUUUUUUUUCUUUCCUCUUUCUUUGCUGUCACAAAUAUAUAUUUUUUAUCGAAGAAAAUAUUAGAAGUCAGUAAAUAUUACGCCGACCCUGCAAAACAUCGGCAUUGUCUAUCGCACCCAGAUCGCUCGUCACUAGCUGCCAAAAAGAUAAUUUCAUAAAAUUGCGUUGUCUAUGGGCUGCUAAAAUUCGUAAAUCCCAUAUAGCAAUAAAGUUUUUGGUGCAAGGACUUUAGUGAAAGGACCACAAGCUGCUUAACGAGUUGACGGCACUUUGUGCGGGCUGCAAAAAUUGCGCAAAAAUAUAAAGAUUUUGCAACAACAAAACAGCGAAAAACGUGUGUGUGCGCGUGCUAAAGAAAGCAUUUUUCUUAAUUUCGGAGUAAAAACCGCCGGAUCAGGAUGCCUAAGCGUGGAGGCGGAGGAGGAGGUGGUGGCGGCGGCGGCGGCGGUGGCCAGCGGUACAACAACAACGUCGGCAAUGGCGGCGGUGGCGGCGGCCGUUUCUGCGCUCUUGAGGAUUAUGAUGAAGUGGAGGACCGCCAGCGGCGCAAGGAUCGAAACAAACGACGCGUCAGCUUCAAGCCUUCCCAGUUUCCACACAACAAGAAGGAUAUCAAGCUGCGUCCCGAGGAUUUGCGGCGCUGGGACGAGGAUGACGAUAUGAGCGACAUGACCACAACCGUCAAGCAGGAUCGACCCAGCUCCCGCAGACGAGGAUCCCCAAUUCCGCGCGGCAAGUUCGGCAAGCUGAUGCCCAACGCCUUUGGCUGGUACCAAGUCACGCUGCAAAAUGCACAGAUAUACGAAAAGGAAACACUGCUGCGGGCCCUAUUGGCAGCGAUGUCGCCACAUGUCUUCAUACCGCAAUAUUGGCGGGCGGAGAGGAACUGCGUUGUUUUCUUCACCGACGACUACGAGGUGGCCGAGCGCAUCCAACAACUGGGCAGGCAUGCCCAGCUGCCCGAUGGAUACAGGCUGAUGCCACGCGUGCGCAGCGGCAUACCACUGGUGGCCAUCGACGAUGCCUUCAAGGAGAAGAUGAAGGUGACCAUGGCCAAGCGGUUCAACGCGCAGACCAAGGCACUGGAUCUCUCCCGAUUCCAUGCCGAUCCCGAUCUCAAACAGAUCUUCUGUCCGCUCUUCCGGCAAAACGUGAUGAGCGCCGCCAUCGAUAUUAUCUGCGAGAAUAUACCCGAUCUGGAGGCCAUUAAUCUGAAUGACAACAGCAUGACCAGCAUGGAGGCGUUCAAGGGCGUGGAGAAGCGUAUACCGAACCUCAAGAUUCUCUAUUUGGGGGAUAACAAGAUACCAUCAUUGGCCCACCUGGUGGUGUUUCGCAACCUGUCAAUCCUGGAGCUGGUUUUGAAGAACAAUCCGUGCCGUUCUCGCUACAAGGAUUCCCAGCACUUUAUCAGUGAAGUACGUCGCAAGUUUCCCAAACUGUUGAAGUUGGAUGGAGAGACCCUGGCGCCCCAGGUUACCUUUGAUCUGAACGAGUCUGGACGGAUUCUCGACACGAAGGCCUCCUUCCUGUGCGACAACGCUGGCGCCGAGGUGGUGCGCCAGUUCCUGGACCAGUACUUCCGCAUAUUUGACUCGGACAAUCGGCAAUCCCUGCUCGAUGCCUACCAUGAAAACUCAAUGCUGUCCAUUACGAUGCCGUCGGCCAGUCAGGCGGGCAGUAGGUUGAAUAGCUUCUGGAAGUUCAAUCGCAACCUGAGACGAUUGGUGAACAGCGAUGACCAACGCACCCGGCACUUGAAGUACGGACGCCUGGCUUGCGUCUCCACCUUGGACGAAUGGCCACGGACGCAGCACGAGCGUCGCACCUUCACCGUCGACCUGACCAUUUUUAAUACUUCAAUGAUGGUGUUUACGGUGACGGGAUUGUUCAAGGAGCUGAGCGGCGAGGUGAGCACUCCCGCCUCCAUGCAGUCGUAUGAACUGCGCCACUUUGUCCGCACCUUCGUGGUGGUGCCGCAGAACACCGGCUAUUGCAUCCGCAACGAGACCAUCUUCAUCACGAACGCCUCGCAGGAGCAGGUGCGUGAGUUCAAGCGAUCGCAGCAUCAGCCAGCUCCGGGAGCCAUGGCCUCGACUUUGAUAAGUGCCACGGCCACCAGCACACAGCCGGGACCGGGUGUACAGGGUGUUCAGGGUGUGCAGGGCCUGCAGGGUCGUCUCAAUCCGGGCGGCAUUGGAGCAGCACCUGUGGCGGUGGCCAUUCUGCCAGGACCAUCGCUGACAUCCACCUCACCGGUGAGCAGCGGCAGUGCCGCCGUUCCAGUGGCAACUGGCGGACCGGCGGGCAUGCAAGAUGAGAACACCAAAAUGCAGAUGAUUCAGGCCAUGAGUGCGCAGAGCCAAAUGAAUGUGCUGUGGAGCCGAAAAUGCCUGGAGGAAACGAAUUGGGACUAUAACCAUGCCGCCUUUGUGUUCGAGCAACUUUUCAAGGAAAACAAAAUACCGCCCGAGGCUUUUGUCAAGUAAAUCUCAGACAGAUGGACGCUCCAUUAAGAAGAGAGCACAAUGCCACGAACACAUACAAAAUCAAAUCAUUUGAUUAAUUGUUUUGUAAUUAUUUUAUAAAUAUUUUUUUUUGGAGUCACCACCUCUACUAGUUGUAAGUUGUGCGCACUGUUGCGGGCAGUAGCGAUUGUUGGCCCAGCUCUGCGGGCAUUGUGCCACAACGACCACAGCCCUUUGAUAGGAAUACAUUUUAAACUCGUUUUAAGUACCGACCGCAGACCCCCUGGAGAAUAUUAAAAAAAACGCUUGAGUGCCAGGACGGGUCUGCGAUCGGUUUCCCCCCUUAAAAAUUAGAAUUGUUUUUAGAAUAGUAGGGCUCGCAUACAUACAAAAUAAUUUAUACAACAAUGUUAUCAAAACAAAAGCAAAACAAAUUUUAAUUUUAAUUUUAUAGCCUGGCAAACGCAAUGUAUGGAGUGCAUUUCGCGUUCUUGUAUCCAACUAAUCCUGUCUGUCCCGCUUCUCCAGCCUUAAAAUUUGUAUACAAAGACCAUCGAACGAAAACAAACAUUUUGUUAUAUUAGUAGGGAACUUGGACAAGCAAUUACAAUGACCAUUGUGUACAUUUUUCAACGAAUCAGAAGCCAACAUUUCCUUUCUUUCCUUAAUAGCAAAAAUAAUACCAUAUACAGUUCAUGCUUAGUCGUAAGUCCAGUUGAAAUUAAGUGUGCGGUAUAUAGGAAUUAUAUACAUUAAUAUUUAAGUGUAGGAUCGUAAAUAAAUUUAUCACAAUCGAAUGACAACAA